AUGCGGUGGAGGAGGAGGGGGCACUGCGACGUCAUCAAGAUCCCCCACUGCCUAGAGAGCAUAACAGUCAGGACCGGCUUGAUCGUUGACUCCAUUCAAUGUUCCUACCUAGAUCAGGAGGGGACUCUUCACACUACAGAUCGAUGGGGCGGUCCAGGUGGAUUCGAGCAUGUUACGAUUAAACUGGGAGCUGGUACAUCUCUCAAGAGAAUGUCAGGAACGUACGCUCCAUUUAGUGACGACGAAACAGUCGUCAUAACGUCACUUACUUUUGGCACCAGUGAUAACGUCAAAUAUGGACCUUUGGGAGCAGGAGGCGGCGUGACCUUCGAUAUUCAUCUGAACGAGGCUAGCAUUGUUGGCUUCUUCGUGCGUGCAGGGUGGUUCAUAGAUGCAAUUGGUGUCUAUGUUCGUAGGUAG